AUGUUGUUGGCAUCAAGCCUAGCAGUAACAUUAAUAAGCAUUAGUUCGCAGUUAGCGGAAGCUAAUAUCGCACCCGGCGCAAAUGCGGCGCCUUUCUCAGCGCUGUGCAGGCUGAUGCAAAUACAAUCAACCGGCGCGCCAGCGGACGAACACCCAGGGGACAUAGCUGCACUAAUCGCCGAGCUUGAAGCCAUAAACAUGAGUCUUAGCGGUCCGAAGUGGCAGACAAAAUUUGUGAAAGCAGAGGAAAGCCAAGUAAACUGGGACGACGGCGAAAACAAGGACAGGGACAAACACCCUCACUGGAAGAACGAAUGGUCUAGCUGGGCAGCCGCUAGGCAAGCCAUAAAAAAAGGCACUGCGGUAGCACAGAAACUCGAACAAAACAGCUUCUCCAAGAUACAAGGCUUGCACAGAGAAAUUGCAAGACUGAAAAUAGAGCAAGCCCUGCAAAAAACAAAAAAACUACAAGAAUCGGCGGCGGCAGCCGCGACAACGCUGACAGAAGCAACCAAGACCGAAGUCGACAAGGACCUUAACCAAGCAAUCUACGGUGAUGACAGCGGACUGGGAGGCUUCGGGACGAACGGCGCUAACCACGCACAAUACAAAGCCGUAACACAAUGCGACAGCGACGGCAUUGCACAAAGCAAGGCGACAGUAGCCUACGCAAUGAUGUGCCUUUGUUUGGAAGCCGGUGGGGCCACAGGCGCAAAACCAUGCGAAGCCAGCACCAAAACAGGCAACUGGAACGGCGCCGACACCGACUUAGCAGCUGAGUUCCAAAAAGUCAAAAAACUGUGCCACACCACAAAAAAAGCAACAGUGAGCGCAGACAGCAUCAGAAGUGCACUUGACCAUGUGCACAGCCUCAUCAAAAUAGUAAGCAACGCGGGAUAUCUCGGUCAUUAUGAAAACACCGGCUGCACAGGGACCAGCAAUCAGGGGCUUUGUGUGAGAUACGCGACGAAACUAACCGAUACAGCAGACGACUUUCAUUCCUUACAUUUCGUACAAAAAAUGGAGGAAGCAGCAAAGAAACUCCAACAACGGCAAGCAGCGCUAGACACGGUCCGAACAGCCCACAGAGCAGUAGGAGCAGAGCUCGCAGCGGCGUGGCUUUUGGCAAAGGAACAACAAGUUAAAGAGCAGCAGAGCCAAGUAGCGGCUUCAUCACCAUCACACCCCAGCAAACCAGCAACGGAGGCAGUGGAAGUGCAGAAAAAAGAAUGCGAAGCAAUUGAAAAAGAUACCGAUUGCGACUCCAAGCCUUAUUGUACUUACCAAAAAGACAGCGCCGACGAUAAGAAGUGCAAAUUUAAUGCUACCAAAGCUGAAAAAAGUGGUGUCCCUGUAACACCAACUCAAACUGGAGGAACCGAAAAUGGAAAAACUGACUCAGAUAGGUGCACAAAACACACUAAAAAAGAAGAAUGCGAGGCAGAAAACAAAAAUGUCAAAGCAGGUGAGAAAGCAGUUUGUGGUUGGAUUGAAGAAAAAUGUAAAGAUUCAAGUUUUGAUUUGAAUAAGAAAUUCACUCUUAUGGUUUCUGCAUUUGUGGCCUUGCUUUUUUAA